UCGAUCCAGUGUUGACUUCACUAUUGACAAACUAUCGUGACGUCGUCGUUACGCUUAGCUUCCUAGAUACAAAUAUCGGUAUCGCUCGUUUCCAAACAUGGCGGGCGAGAGGUGAAAUACGAGAGAAGAGGGUCGUUCCAAUAGAUCAGACUGGGUACCUGGUAACACAGAACGCUGACAUCAGACAGCAGCGAUGAGCGCCCGGAGGAAGAAGAAGGACGAGAAACCCCCGCCCGCCACGGGCCCCGGGAGCAAGAUUGUCUCCCUUCCCGACCCAGUCAAGAAGUACCUCAAAAAACUCCCCGACGGAAAGAAAAUUCAUUUGAAGUUUGGAAAUGGAAAUUGGAAAUCGCUGCCUGUUGAAAUUUACGAUAAUGAGGAGAUAAGUCAGCUGGCCAUCAAGUUUACCGCGGAAAAUAAUCGCCUGAAGAGGCUGCCCAAGAGUAUCGCGGCUCUGGAGAAUCUAGAACACAUUGACAUCACCAACAACACUCUGUCGGCCUUCCCUGGGUCUGUGUCACGGAUGAAGAAACUGGAAGUUCUGAUAAUUAAAAACAAUGCAAUUAAAAAGCUACCACCUGCAAUACACAAAUGCACGGGAUUACAGAAGCUCUACGCUUCCAAUAAUAAAAUCCGAGCGCUCCCGAAGAGCAUCGGAAAAGCCUCGAUAUCGUACAUGGACGUAUCUUCGAACAUGAUCCGGUCCAUUAAGAAAGGGCUGUACGAAAUGACCGCCGAAGUCGACUUAUCUGAUAACAGGAUUACAGAGAUGCCAACAGCUGCUGUCAAAAAACCCAACAUACAGAAGAUCAAUUUGGCGCGAAACGGUGUUACUUUGAUUCCCGAAAACAUCGACAAACUAUCGCGUCUCACGUGGCUCGAUCUCUCCCACAAUGCAGUACAGGAAAUUCCGGCCCAAAUAGGCGGUGUCCGGUUCCUUCAUUAUCUUAACCUUUCCCACAAUCACAUCAAAACCCUACCGGAAGAAAUCUGCAAUUUAGGAUACGCACUUGACCAUCUGGACAUAUCUCACAAUGAAAUACCGGUGUUACCCGACGGAAUGAAGAGCCUCCGAAAGUUGACCUAUUUUGACGUUUCCAAUAAUGAAGUGGAAUACCUACCCGAGAGUAUACGAGAGUUGCCGUGCUUAACGACGUUGGGGGUUUCCCAAAACAAACUGAUGUCAAUGAAAUUUGCAGUAUACCUAAAGCAGCUAGAGCACUUGUACCUCUCCAGAAACUCAAUAGAGGUCAUACCAGAAGAGAUUGAUCACAUGAAGUCUCUGGUCACACUGGAUCUCUCGUGGAACAAAAUCAAAGAACUGCCAUCCUCCAUAGGGAACGUGAAAAGUCUAAAGAGCUUAAAUGUCUGUGGCAAUAAGCUUUCAGCGAUACCUGAUAGUUUGGGUCAUGGUCAAGUUUUGACCUUUUUGGACUUGUCCCACAAUCGUUUGACUGUGUUACCAUCUGACCUAAGAAAACUUCGAAACCUUGAGACCUUCCAUGUAAGCCAUAACGAAAUAGCGCUCAUGCCCAAAUCUAUCGACUUUUUGUAUCAACUGAGGUCCUUGGAUGUUUCGAAGAAUGGGUUAAAUGAGUUGAAUCUUCCGAAGACCCUUACCCACCUAAACAUGUCAGACAACCCACUAUCUAUCAACCCAACCGACAUCAGGUCCACCAUUGUUGUCAUGGGUGACAAAGAUCACCUUAGGAAUCUGACGUCACUUGCACUCUGCAACCUCGGUAUGGACGAGAUUCCACCCAGCGUGUUUAACCUCAGGUGCCUCAAACACCUUGACCUCUCGAACAACGCCCUGAAAACCCUGACAGACAACGUAUGCAAAAUGAGAGGGUUAGUGUCGAUCACUGCGUGUCACAACGAAAUAACAGCUCUACCCGAGAAAAUAAGCGCGCUCAAAAAGUUGGAGAAGCUUCACGUUUCCAACAACGGGCUCACGAGUUUCUCGCCAAGUUUAGGACGCUUGGUUUCGUUGUGUGAUCUAAAUAUGUCGAACAACAAAAUAACUCUAUUACCGGACAAUUUCGGAGACCUAAACAAACUGAUUAAUAUGGACCUCUCGGAAAACGAACUUCUCAAUUUCCCAAAGGACCAGAUCGAUGUUUUGGCUUCGUUGCUUCACCUUAACAUCUCAAAGAACCAUAUUGACCAGAUGCCGAUAGAAUUUCCUUAUCUUUAUAGACUAAAAGUUCUCAGGGCAGCCAGUAACGACCUCAAGUCGAUCCCAAGUGACAUGGAUAAAAUGAAAUCAUUAGAAGUUUUGGAUAUUUCCGAUAACAUCAUCGAAUCUCUACCGGAAAAGAUAUGCAAAAUGCCGGAACUGAAAGAGAUUAAUGUUUCCGAGAAUAAAAUCACUAGAGGAUGGCCAAAGGCUUGGGAAAAUCUCAGGCAAAAGAUCAAAGUCGAAAACGCGGACCAGGAUAGCUUUAAGGAACGACAAGCACGCGAAAGACCCAGUGACAAGGUUGCCGAGACGCAAGUUAGUCCCAAGUCAGCAAAACGCGGGAAAAAGAAGGUUUCUCCGAUCGGAACACCUCCCAUCAAAUCUCGCGAGAAGUCUGCGCCCGUGAAAUAGAAAGAAGUUUUUCAACUCAGUGGUUUCUCUAAGACAGUAAUAGUACUGUAUGAAAAAUGGCAGGACAGCGCUAAAAUGCCAGUUUAUAUGCAUUUAAUAUACUAUCAUUUGUACAUUUCAGCUUUGUUUAAAACUUAUACACAUAUAGCCAUUCUCUGAAAUCAAAUAUUUUUUUCCUUUUGACGUUAGUAAUUUAGAGAUUUUUUUCUAGUCAAUUUCCCCCAUAACGAACUUCGUAUAGUUUUAACCCUCCUCUGUAGGUGCUAUUUAUCUUUUCCCGUCUCCUGAUCGAGAUCGGAUCAUUGUAUAUUUCCUUUUUUUUUUUUACAUAAAAAUUUCGUAAUGAUGUAUAACAUGUACACCCAAUGACUUCAUUAUAUUGUGACAUUUUCUUUUGGUUAAAUGUAUGGAGCCAUUGUACCGGCUCACUCGUACACAUGAUUUUCCCACACAGUUGGCGUGUUAUCAACAUCCUAUCUACCCGUCAGUAAAUCCAAAUUAAACUCCUAUCAGCUGUACAGACCUGACUCUGGUAUCAGUCUGCACAAUACCACAAUUUGAUCACACUUGACCUCGGUGACAAAUCAAUCCAGGUUCGAUUUAAACAUCAGGGGGCUGGUUUAGUUUUCGGUUUGUAUUUUUUUCCUCUUAGAUAGAAGGCACAAUACCCUCGGGCUGUUGUCUCACGAUGAUUUAACGGAAUUUUUGGAUUAAUUUCAGUGGGUGCUAUCUUUGAAGGCCUCAAAAUGUUUCAGAAAAAAAUAAUAUUGCUCGGUUAUUAUAUGAAAACUGGUUUUUGAGACUGUAUUUAAAAUUAAACAAAUUCUUUUCUUUGAAGCAUUGGACAAAAGAUAUGCAUCUACAAAAUGUUAAACUAAGUAAAAUACCUAUUUGAAAAUAUUGACGAUUUGUGAACACAAAUUGUUAUGAAUCGUUGAAAUGGUUUAAAUUCAAAAUUGCAUUAAAAUCAUGAUCGGAAUCAUUUUGGAAUAAGUUACAAAAGCUUUAAAACUCAUUAAAACUUCAGUUUUUGCUGUCAUGCAUUUAAAUAAGAUUGAAUUACAUUUAUACAUUGACAUUCAAAUAUUUUUUUAAUCAUGUUGGUAGCAUUUAGUCUGAUUCUACACCACUGUUAAAGUUAUCUGUGAUAUUAUGUAGUUGUUGAUUAGAUUUAUUAUAAAGCAUUGCAAUAUAAAACUAUA